AUGUCUCAGAACCGUGGAGCCGUCAACCCUGCAGCCCGAGUCCCCCUUGAGGUCAGGCCACUGGAUACACGAACCCCAGGACCUGGCGACAUACUCGUAAAAAACGAAAUAAUCGCCAUCAACCCAGUCGAGGCCAGCAUCACCAAGAACGAUCUGUUCAAAUCCAAGUACCCCUGUGUAAUCGGUACUUCUUUCGGUGGUCAAGUCGUCGCUGUUGGCGAGGGUGUCUCUGACUUCAAGGCUGGAGACAAAGUUGCCGUGUAUUCCAGCCCAACUGAUGGCGAUAAAUAUGCCGCUUACCAAGCCUAUGCACUGGCCAAGGUGGACAAGACCAUUCUCGUCCCAGAGGGCGUUGAUCUGGCUGUUCCUGUGAGCAUGAACGGAAACCUGACUACUGUCGUCGGCAUGAUCAGCGCCACAGCCGGUGUACCCAAACCAGACAUUGAGAACGAAGUAGCUUCUACUGGCAAGAAGAUCCUCAUCUACGGAGGGACUUCUAACCUGGGUAGCUUGGCUGUACAGUAUGUUCGCCGGGCAGGCUACAGCGUAGUCACCACCACUUCGCCCAAGCACAAGGCCUUUGUUGAGGCUCUCGGCGCCGACAAGGUCAUCGACCACAGUCAGGAUCGCGACACCCUCUUCAAGGCUUUUAUUGCAGAGGGACCAUACGAUAUCGUCGUUGAUACCAUCUCCCAUCCCAGCACUAUCAGCAUACUCGCCGCUGUUCUAGCUGCCCAAGGCGGUGGUACAGUGUAUGCUACCAGGCCCGCAUUUGGCCCGGAGGCACUGCCAGAAGGUGUGGUCCGCCACUUUGCUUCAUGGUCAUCUGUGCUGAAUAAGGAGGGCAAUGAGCAUUUUACCAGAUGGGCUUUUCAUGAGUUCUUUGCUAAGGGCAUUGCAAGUGGCAAGCUUGUGCCGACACAGAUUGAGAGGAUCAGUAGUGGAUUUGAGGCGAUUAACUCUGCUUUGGAUAUCCUGGAGAAAGGAGUUAGUAACUCUAAGGUUGUUGUUGAGCUUGAGAAGUAA